AUGCGAGCUCAGUUAGUCAACGCUUUUAAUGUAUCACAUUUAUUCUUUCUUGUUUAUCCCGCUCUCCCAGGCCGAUCUGUCCACGUGAUCAAUAUGGACCCUGCAAACGAUUACCUACCUUAUCCAUGCAGUGUGAACAUCAACGAUCUUAUUCGCCUAGAUGAGGUAAUGGCCGGCCUUAGUCUUGGGCCAAAUGGUGGUUUAGUAUUUUGCAUGGAUUACCUUAAUGCCAACCGCGACUGGCUAGUACGUCGGCUGACCAGUGUGCGGAAGCGACACCCGAAGGCCUACUUCAUUUUUGAUUGUCCAGGCCAGGUUGAACUAUACACACAUCACCCCGGAAUGCGUGAGCUUCUCACUUGGUUGACUUCAAGUCCUCGAUCAUGUCAUAAAUCUCCUUCGAGUUCAUCAUCCCGGCAUUCAGGAGUCAAAGAGUUUUGUUCCCUGUCAAACAGUUCAGUCGGUUGCCUUUCUCCUAACCCGCAGGUCUCCAACUUGACUAGAAAAAAUCGAGAGGACUUGGCCCACCUUUCAGACCAUCAGAGCCUUCCAGAAUCUCUGGUGACAUCGCCCUGUACGCCUCAGGCCCAAGCGCUCCCCGAAUCAAAGAAAGUUUCUUAUGACAAAGAGCAUCCAACUUUUCCGGACAAACCAAUUACUUCCCCUCUUCCUCCUGUUGAUCCCUCACUCGGCCCCAAUAUUGAGUCUUCAGGAGAAUCCACUAUCUCAUCUUUACUUUUACCUCCUUCAUCCUCAUCCCCUUCACAAUCAUCUGCGGAAUCAGCGUUUUCCGCUUCAGCCGUUACCAAAACUCAUCUUGAUUCAACUUCGGCCUCCUCUAUUUACACCGCUUCUGCUGUUUCCGAAGACUUUCCUGAGUUAAGUCAGAGCCCUGGGCUCCGACUUACCUGUGUACAGCUUGUCGAUUCACAUUACUGCACAGAUCCCGGCAAGUUCAUAGCCUGUCUGCUCACUUGCCUCUGCGGGAUGCUGCAGCUUGGCCUUCCACAUGUAAAUGUGUUGAGCAAGAUCGAUCUUAUUGAAAGAUAUGGAAGUCUCGAGUUCAACCUUGACUACUUCACCGAGGUUCUUGAUCUAAAGUACCUCGUGGAGAAAAUACAUGUAUGGCUAUGCAAUAAAUUUAGUGAUCACAUAGGAAAAUAUCUCUCUAAUUUAAGGAAAAACUUAGAUUGUUUUUAG